AUGCUACAAGCAGCAAGGAGGCAUGAAAGCAUAGAUUAUGUCAAGCCUAAAGGUGAUGUGCUUGCUGCUCCUCCAUCAUAUCAUAAUAAAAGUGAUGAAAGAGAGCUGGUAGAUAUGCAUGUUCAUGAAUUUGAGUUUUGUAUGGAGGCAAAGAAAGAAAAGCCGAGAUGCACCAAGUGCGAAAAAUUGAUAAUUUCAGGACCAACCUAUCAUUGUGUAGAAUACGAUGACUUCAUCCUUCACAAAUAUUGUGCCGAGUCACCAACCACGGAUGCCAAUUUUGUCAUGAAUUCGGAUCGAGCUGUCCCGAUUGCCUUCUCCGAGCCAAUAUCAAAGGUGAAUACUUACCAACUAUAUGCAAACAACGUUAGAGCAGCUGUUAAAAGUAUGUACAUUGAUCUGAAAGACAGGUUAGACACUCGCCUCAACAGACGAGAUAAGGCUUAUAUCCGUUUUUGUUUGAAGUUUUAUGGUAGAAUUGAAGAGUUGGACAGAAUUUCGAAGGACCUCGGUGCCUUCUCCAUCGACGAAACUCUUCCACUACAACAUGAUAACUAUCUCAAAAGACGAAUGGAACUUUUGAACGAAAUUCUUGAAGAGUUGUACACAAACAAUUUAAUGUAUUAG